AUGACUUUGUAUUUUGAAACGCCAGUUGUGUUUCCAGAACAUGGCUCGAUUUCAGUUAACAAUGUUUGGCAUUUAAAUGAUCCUCUUCUUGCUGUCGCAAGUUUCUCACAAGAAAGAGGCGGGUUUGUAAUUAUUUUCGAUGAAUUGGGCGAGUCGUUAAAAACAGUAAAUUAUCCUGUUCAUAGAGGUUUCCAAGUGACAACUCUUGCUUGGCAUCCGACUAAAAUUAUUUUAGUGACAGGAUGGGAAAAUGGCGAAUUAAGAAUUUGGAAUGGUACCGACAAAGAUUUUACGAAUGUAGUUGGUCCACAUAAGGCUCCAAUAGCCUUCCUGGGAUUUAGCGAAAAGGGAACACGAUUGGUGUCAUGCGACUCGACGGGAUCUGUUAUUGGUUGGAAAGUUGACAGCAGAGGGGAGACCAAUCUUUCUUUCCAUUUGGAUCUCAAAGAAUCAAUUAUUCAUCUAACAUUUAGACGUACAGUUAAAAGUAAUGUGGAAUUUGACGUAGAAGGACUAGCUAAAGCAGCUGUUAAUGGUGACGAACAUGCAUUAGAUAUGUUCAGUAACUGGAGACCAAAAACAACAGCCAGGAAGUUUAAAAUGCAAGAUAGAACAGAUAACGUCAAUUUUUUUGUUGCUACUCAAAGGGGAUCUCUGCAUUACAUAAACACCAGUGGGUCUUGUUCUAAGGUGUUUACUACUGAUGGUAUCGUAAUUUUGAACAUUUUAUUUCAUCCGACGAAAGAUUCUAUGCUUAUAAUGUUAGAAGGUUUUACUAUUUGUUAUUUUUCCGUGGAUUAUCAGGGAGUCUUGAAUGAAAUGGCAAGGGUAAAACUGAGCGGUAGAGUACAAACUAGAAAUAUCGGAAGUCGAGGAAUUACUUGGGCUGGAAACAGUUGCGUCGCUAUAUUAACAGGUGAUUUAACGGUUCGUGUUUGGGAUAUCGAGUCUAACGACAACUACGUUCUUCCCACACAAAUGAAACUGUAUGAUACUCAGGACAAAUACCAGACAGUAAACGAAAUAUUUACCUGCAUUGCGUACUGCACCUUAAAUCAAACUCUCUGUGGCGGUACUAAUAUAGGAAGAAUGUAUUUUUGGACAAAAAAACAGAACUAUGCGAAUUUGGAAAAUCCUGAAGAUGCUUGGGAAUUGAACAAUGUUAAUACAAUCAGUGGUACUAUAAAGCAGUUAGCUUGGGGCUCUUUAAUGCUCAGGUUACCUCUGUUGAGCGUUAAUUGUGUCACAUCCGUAUAUAUAAUGAAAGAACAGAGCAUUUGCAGUUCUUUUUCAGAAAAAAUUUGGGCGAUACAGAAGACUUCUACACAAAUUUUGAUUGAAAGUGACAUUGGGGAAUAUUUGUUGGAGUUAGAUGCCCAAGUGACUAACAUGUCUAUUUCUACUGAAAUAUUAGCAUUUACUACCGGAAGAAGUAUUUUGGUUUAUGAAAUAUUAUGGAAUAAUACCAAAAUUGACAGAGCGAAGGAAGCUUCUGGCGAUAAUGGAACCAACAAUUUCUCAGUUCGUCGUCUAACAAGUUUUGACGAUGAAAACGAGUCCAUUAGAGUAUAUUAUAAAAAGAUAAUAUCAAUGAACGCGAAAACUGUUUCCAUUUUUACAUGGAGUGGUACUUUUCUAUUUACCAUAGCUACUGGUAUGGCCGAAGGUGAAAAUAUUGAUAUUGAUGUUAGCUCUAAUUUUUUGACUAUCUUUACUAUGGAAGGUUUUUUGAAGAUUUAUGAUUUAUCCGUAGAACAACCAAAACUUCUAACUCCAGUGCGAACGAUGUUUGAAAUGGUACCCGAUUUUGGAGAAAUAAUUCAGGCUAAAACCAAUUCGAAUGGUACUAAAGUCGCCUUCACAUUGGCAGCUGCAAAUCUUGUACCAGAUGGAAAAUUAUAUGUUUGGGAUAUAGAAAUAGAUACAGUUGCGGUUUAUGAUUUUAGAAAAUAUGAUUUCUUGGAAAACCCUCCGAUUGAUAAUAUUGAUAAUAAGGAGAAAGAAACUAGAACGGAACACAUUUUAGAUGAUAACUGUAAGAAUAGGAUUCCAGUGGGAUUUUGUUGGGAACAAAAUGAUUCCAGGCUCUUAAUUUGUAGUGCCAGAAAACUUAAGAUGUUAGUGCCGAAGAAAGGAUUUAAUGCAAGAUCUAAAUCAGAAGAAAAUAAAAAUGUAACAGACGAUGAUAAUAUUUUGGUUACGAUGUUUGUGUCUCCUGAAAACAAUAUCAAAAUUCACGACAUUAAACUGACAGAUAUUGAAACCAAAUUGUUGGCAUGCGUUGCUCCUUUCGUUGUGUCUGUUCAAAAAUUGAGUAUCGUCAGAGAUAUUAUGAAUGAUUUUAUUGGAUUGGAAAAAUGUGACGACGUCACUGGAAAAGCUAUAUUGGAUUUCAGUUAUUACUCAUCUUUAGGUGAUAUGGACUCCGCCUUUAAAUCUAUCAAACUAAUCGAGAGUAAGGGAGUAUGGAAUAGUUUAGCAAAAAUGUGCGUAAAAACUAAAAGACUAGAUGUUGCCAGUGUUUGUUUGGGUCACGUGGGAAAUGCAGGAGCUGCUCGAGCUUUAAGACUUGCUGAUGCCGAUAAUACUUUGGAAUUAGAAGCGAAAGUUGCUCUCUUAGCUAUUCACUUGAAUAUGCUGGAAGAAGCAGAACAAUUAUAUAUCCAAUGUGGUCGAUACGAUCUUCUAAAUAAAUUACUUCGUAGCCGUAAUAAGCUGGAUGCUGCACAUGCUGUAGCCGAAUCUAACGACAGGAUAAACUUGAGAAAUACAGAGCAUACUUGGGCUAGAAUGUUAGAACAAUCGGGAGAUUUUAAAGAAGCAGCUGCAAGAUAUGAGCGAGCUAAUACACACCUAUACGAUGUUCCUAGAAUGCUUAGCGAUCAUCCGCAACAGCUGCAGAAUUAUAUGGCGAUAACGAAAGAUAAGGAAAUGUUAAAAUGGUGGGGACAGUAUAUUGAGUCCCAAGGAGACAUGGCAUUAGCUUUAAAAAUAUAUUCAAAUGCUGGUGAUAUUUACUCUCAAGUAAGAGUUUUGUGUUUUAUGGGUAAAGAAACUUUAGCUUCAGAGUUAGCUAGAAGUAAUUCAGAAGACAAACCAGCUCUUUACCACAUGGCGCGAUAUUACGAAACUGUUGGAAAUUACGAAGAAGCAGUCAACAUGUUUAUAAAAGCCACAGCUUAUUGUAACGCUGUACGUCUAUGUAAAGAAAAUAACAUGAUUAAUGAACUAUGGAAUUUAAGUGCUACCGUAUCUAAUAAAGAAAAAAUACAAAUUGCUAAAUAUUUCGAGGAACAAGCUGAUUUGGAAAAAUCUGCAAUAUUAUACCAUAGGGGAGGAAUGUUGCAUAAAGCUAUAGAUUUGGCGUUUCAAACAAAGCAGUACGAUAUCUUGCAUGAUAUUGCUUCAGAGUUGAAUGUAAAUUCUGAUCCAGCGCUAGUUCAGAAGUGUGCUGAUUAUUUUAUUGACAAUGAACAAUAUGAUAAAGCAGUUGACUUGUUGGCAAUUGUGAAAAAGUACACAGACGCUAUAAAAUUGUGUAUGAAACAUAACGUACAAUUAACUGAAGAUUUAGCAGAAAAACUAACUCCUGCUAAAGAUGCAGUAGAUGAUGAUACCAGAGAGACUGUUCUAGAAACUUUGGCUGAAAGUUUGAUGGUUCAAGGAAAUUAUCAUUUGGCUACUAAGAAAUUUACGCAGGCUGGAGAUAAGAUACGAGCAAUGAAAGCUUUACUCAAAUCUGGAGAUACUGAGAAAAUAAUAUUUUUUGCUGGUGUGUCUCGUCAAAGAGAAAUUUACAUUAUGGCCGCUAAUUAUUUGCAGACCAUAGAUUGGCAAAAUCAACCAGAUAUUCUCAAACAUAUUAUAACAUUUUAUUCCAAAGGUAAAGCUUUGGAUUUAUUGGCGAACUUUUAUGUUGCGUGUGCUCAGGUCGAAAUAGACGAAUUUCAAAACUACGAAAAAGCUCUUGGUGCGCUUACAGAAGCUUCUCGAUGUUUGCAAAAAAUAACAGAACCGCGUGAUCCGAAGCAGAUACAACGAGCAAUGGAUAUAGUGCAACAAAGACUCGUCUUAGUAAAAAGAUUUGUAGAUAUUCGAAAAUUAUUCGACAGAGGAGAUUCUCAAUCUGCCUUAACACAAUGCCAGCAGCUUCUUAUGACCGGCGGAAAUGAUUUGGAAGUUGCCGUACGAAGAGGUGACAUAUAUUCUACUAUGAUUCAGCAUUUAGUGGCAAUAGGUAAUUUUGCAGAAGCCAAACAAUGCUACGUUGAAUUGCGUAAAUUAUUGGAAAACAGUGGAACAACGUCAAUUACAUAUUACAUCAAUAAAUCAGUUCUAGAAGCAUUAGCGAAUGGAUUAGGGAUACCAGUGACUCAUCUAGUUCCAAAAUUAUCUAAAACACAUGUUGAAUCGGAAAAGGAAAGUGAAGAUGUUGAAGAAGUUGUUGAAGAAUAA